GACAGCUAGCGAAGGACUGCAGCUGUGGAGGAAGCCAGCAAUAAUUGCACGGUUCAAUCAAUUUGUAAAUAAAUUUGAUUCCGUUUCCAGUUAAUGUAGUGUAGUGAACCUUGUCAUGUGGCAGCAGUCGUCAGACCAGUCAGUUUCGUCCACGGCCGGGAAUAAAACUAUCCAAAACAAUAUUAAUUUAUUAAUGAACAGUAUUAAUUGGAUCCCCUCUGGGAAAUGUGUAUCCCUCUAGUAAUAAAUAUUUAUGUGACUUGCAGCACCGCAGUUCUGUAUCGGGCACGAGUGAGCAUAUGUUGUUGAUAGUAAUAAUCAGUCAAGCCUAAAUAAGCUAAGGUUAAAAAUAGGUUGUCACAGCCACAGCGUAGGCGGCUCGAGUCAGAAUGUCAAGCGUCCGCCUCACUUGAUUACGGUGCUAUUGCUACUGUGGUGUACUGCUACUGCUUGCUGUUUGUCGGUUCUGCUGCCGACGCUCGUCUGUUGGCAAUGGAAUGAGUGGAACACGCGUUCAGAGCAAUUCGUAUUCAUUGACCACUUAAUUGUUCGAGCAUCGAGUGCGCGCCAGCAGCGUCGUGACGUUCCACGGGACAUCUGUUGAAAUGUGUUAGCACCUGAGUUGUUGCCAAAAUAAUUGGGAGGGAAGAAAGAUGGGCAGUAGUUGUUCGUCUGGACAAGGACACAAAGACAAGGAUACUGCCUCUCAGCGAUCGGAAGAGUCCCCAAGCUACCAGGUGACAUGCAAGAACAAGCCCCCAGAGCAGGAACAGAAGGCUGCCUCAUCCCUGAAGUCAGGGGUGGUGUUGGAGCCUACCACUGUGGAGGCCGUGACCCGGCAGACUACCACUGCUGCCCCGGCAACAAUCGCCCCUGGGCCCAGCACCACCGCAGCUAGCAACAAGACUCCUAAGCACUUCCGUAGUGUCGCAACCUCCAGCUACUCUACUGAUUCCGUCUCACCUAAUUCACCACCUGGGGUUUUGAGUCCAAAGGAAGUAGACAAGUCCUCAUUGCCUCCUCUAGUGCGGAGAUUGUCAGACAACAGUCAGCAUCUUCUGCUUGGGGCAACAGCUACUGCCAAGACCACUUUAAGAUCUCGGAAAAUUGUUAUCUACAUUUGUGCUGCUGAUUCACAAGAUUGCUGUGUAGAAAAAGGAGUUCUCCACAAUAAAAUUUAUCCAUCUCUGAGAGAGAAGGCAGCAGAAAGAGGGUAUGAGCUCCAUAUUGUGGACCUACACUGGAAGACUGGUCUGGAGAAACAACAAGACCAUGAGUUCCCAGAACUAUGUCUUGAAGAGCUAGCUCGACAAUCCGACACGGGCUAUGUUGUGCCAGUCCUGUUCCUCAGCAACUCACUUGGUACUCCAUUACUGCCCAAGACCAUCGAGACGCAGGACUUCGAGAUGGCCUUGAGUCAAGCAGAUAAUAAGGAGUUACUAACCAAGUGGUACCAACUGGACAGCCAUGCUCAACCACCUUGUUACCGUCUACAGCCCAUUGCCAGCCACAUCCCAGGGUUCAAGGAACAAUGUGUCGAGGAGAAAGAGAAGGCUCUGGCAGUAUGGUCAUCUGAGAUUGAGAGAAUAUUGUCUGUCAUGUUGGCAGCGUUUCCUCAAGAGUUGAGAGACACCUACCUCACCACUGUGGUUGAGCAGGAAGUACACAAUACAGUGCUGAUGAGUGGAGAAAUGGCACGCCGCUGUCUAUGGCUGUGUCGUGUGUUCACUCACCAGGCUGAGGACCCCAAGGUUGUCCGGUCUCCGGGAGAAGCUGAACUCAAGAGACGACUGGAAACCUUGCAGAAAGCAUUGAAGAACCAGCUGUGUGAGCACCACAUCAUGAGGCUGACAGUGAAGUGGCAGGAAGGGGGUCUCAACACCGACAACCCAGAACAUGCCCAGUACGUAGCAGAGGUCACUGCCAACCUCACAAAACUGCUCUCCGCUACUAUUGACUGUAUUAUAGAAGAAGAUCAAGCCAAGACUGUGAUAAAAUCAAGCCAAGGGAUCGAGAGUGACUUGCUACAAGAGCUAUUAAUACAGACCCACUUCACUCAGAAGGCUGCACAGUGCAGUGUCAAUAGAGAGGCAACUCUUCGAGAGAUUAAAAGUUAUGCCAUGGGGGAGACAUCAGUCAGCAAGAUCAUGGUGGUGCAUGGGGUCGUUGGUUGUGGCAAGACUACACUGCUGGCCCGAGCUGCUCAGUGUUGCCACUCCUGGCAGCCAGACUGUGCUGUUGUAGUCAGAGCUGCCAAUAUCUCGUCUCAGAGCUCCACUAUUGAACAACUCCUGCGCACAAUCACCCUCCAAUGCUCAGUCAUCAGCACAGGCACCCAAGUCUGGUUGAAGCAUAAUGUAGAUACCUACUCAGAGAAUCUGCCUAGAAUACUAGCAACUGCCUCACUUCAACGCACAAUCAUUAUUAUUAUUGAUGGAAUUGACCAGGUCCAAGACUACGGUACAGUUGGCUGCGACUGGCUGCCCACCUCAUUACCUCCCAAUGUCAAGAUGAUCCUGUCCGUUACAGAGUCCUCUCCUCUGUUGCAAAAGAUAAAAUCACGACUUGGACCAUCAGGAGUUUUUAUUAAGAUCCCAGAUCUUGACAAAGCGGAAGCAGAGAGUAUUCUGUUGACAUCGGUGAUGGAGUACAAUCACAGUGUCAACAGUCAUGUCCAGGACUGUGUAGUGGCAUCAGUCAAGGCCUGCACACUUCCUCUCUAUGUCAAGGUUUUGGCAUGGCAGACAUCUUGGUGGUGUGAAACGGAACACAACAUCGAGCCGCAAGGUGAUGUGGACAAGCAACUAUCGGUCAUGUUGUCACAGCUGGAGGAGAAGUUAGGCAAGGAGCAGGUCUCCUUGGCCAUGGCUCUUCUCACUUCAGCAAAGUACGGGCUGACUGAUUCAGAAAUGCUUGAUUUGCUGGCUUCAUUGGAUGUUUUUCACAGUAAAGAUACUUAUGUGGUGUGGGCUCCGGCUUGCCUAUUCUGGGCACGAUUCAAUAAACACCUGAGCCCUUUCUUCCAGUGGACACCAGUGCUCAACACUUGUGCAUUGCAGUGGAGGACCAUGGCUGUUCGCUCCACCAUUGUUAAUAGGUACAAGGACAGGCUAGGGGCUGGUCAUCAAAUGUUGCUUCAGUACUUCAAGGGAGAGAUGUGGCAAAAAGCUGGAGAUGGCUUUGUGGCAAGACAUCUGAACCAAAAAAAUAAAUUUGGUAAAUGUUACAACAGUCGCAAAUUGGAGGAACUGCCAUACCAGGAAUUCCAUGUGUCUGGUUCUCUUUGGGGAUAUUUGGAGGAUGACUCAUGGUUAUUUAACAAAAUUUGUGGAGCUUCCGUGUAUCAGAUAUUGGAAGAUAUCAGUAUGGAACAAAAGACAGGAGAACACAAAGAUGAUCUUCUGUGGUUAAAGGAUUUCUUGGAAGAGAGCAGCAGAUCACUUGCCUACGACGGGAGACAACUGUACAGUCUGUUACAUGAAAUGUCCUCAGCUGUAGAUCUCUACAACAGGUGGAAGAGUGUGAUACUGAAUCCUCCAGUCCUGUCUCUUGUAGCCGUUUCCCGUGAAGAAAUAACAGGUGAAGGUAACGAGGCAUCAGAUACACAGCGAUGUCUUGAUAUGAUCAUUAGACUUCCCAAAAACCCUAACUUUGUUGUUACAAUCGCUACAGACAAGGAAGAAAUAUCAGUAUGGGACACUCAUACGUGUAGUCGUGUAAGGACACUACGAGGGAUUACUCAACCGAUAAACCUGGAGAUGAUUGAUGACUCCCGAUGUGUGGUGCUGUGUAAACGUGAACUUCGCACUUACAACUUAAACACUGGCACACUCUUGACAAAACUAAAAGGUGUGAUGAACCAAAAGAUGCCCUACUUUGGACUGCAUGAUGCCAACCACCUUGUGGCUCUCUCCAGAAACAGGAUGUAUGUGAACUUGAUGAACUUGGACUCUGGAGACCUAGUUACAACAUUCAAGGCUGGGGAGGAUCGGUUUCUGAAUUCUCUAUUGGUUUCUGGUGAUGGCAGGGUACUUGUUUGUGGAGAUGAAACUCAAAAACCUUUUCCACUCCUGGUAUGGAAUCUUGCUUCAAGAAAACUUCUUUACGAUUUGCGUAUUCCCCAUCAUGAUUUCAUCACCACUCUAGCAGCCAUCACCUACGAGGGCCACUAUGUGUGCUGUGUUGCAAAGGAGGUGGAUGAGCCCAGCCCCAAUUUCAUCGUGGUGUACGAUCUCCAAUCAGGAACACUGUUUAAGAAGUGGAAGCCUUCAGUGAAUACUGUAUCGCUGGACAUCUCUUCUAAAGACGGUUGUGUACUGAGUGGUCUAGAGGAUGGCCGAGUGCUAGUCUGGGACCUUAUAACAGGAAAUUGCAGAUGGAGCCUGAGUGGACAUAGCGCACCUGUCACUUGUCUGCGGCUAGAUCCAUAUGGUGGUUGUUUCCUCUCACUGGACUCUGAGUGUCGAGACAGAUCCCUCAGGCUCUGGAAUUUAGUCACAGGUGAGCUGAGUGCUGUCUUCACACCAAAAAGACCCAUCACAGCAUGUGAAGUGACCGCAGGCGGUAAACAUGUUGUGUUGGCGAUGGAAGGCUCCCGCACACUCAUCACGCUGCGCCUGACCACGGGAGAGUCCGUGGCUGACGCUCCACCUGUGUACGGACUCAGAGAGAACACAGGACUCACGUUCAACCUCGAGGAGAGGUGACAGGCUUAGUUGUUACGGAUUCCAGCUGGUCUGGCGUCCGGGUCAGCGUUUCCUACUUGUGUGUUUUAUGUUCAUUUCCUUUCGCUGUUAGCUGUCAUCUCACAUUUGACACCUUGUUCCUCGACUCGUGAGCCAAAUAUUCCUAGUGCAGAAUUUUGUGACAAAAUAACCUGUUUACAAAUUAACCUCAGACAAGAAGCACAAGCAAGUUAGCAGAUGGAAAACUAAUUAAUAAAAAUGUUGUCUUUAAAUGAAUCCACAAUGUGAUAACCACCAUCUACAACACAGGGCAUGCAUCUUCUAUUGUUGAAGCAAUAACUCUACUUUAAAUGUGUACAAUCAGUAUUCAUUGCCCUGUAACAGUUGUAUAAUUAUUGUGAAUUCUGUGGACAAAGCAAACUCUUUAUACUUUAUGAAUAAUGUAAAUCUGGUUCGAUUACAAAUUGAUUUUCUUGCACAGCUCUGGGGUGUUUAUUACUUUAUAACAUACAAGGAGAAGUAGGAUCUCGUAAACAGUAGAUUCUGUAACCCUAGAUCUGUCACAUCGACACGUGAAUGUUUAUGGUUAGGAUAUCAGGAUCUGUUGUAUCGACAAGUGACAUGUUGAUGACGUUUUAUCAUAAUAAUAUUAAAUUUUUGAUAGAUGAUCCGUUUAUUUCAGUACUAAAAAUGUAGGUUUCAUAACAUAACAAACUGAGGUUUCAUUUGCCUGGAUGCAAUAUUAUGUUAAUAGUUAAUAAAAUAAAACUAAGACAGAUUUUUUUCACGUUCAAAUUUUACCAAUACGAAUAAUUCAUAGGAAAAAUUUCUUCCACAUACUUACAAAAUUAUAUAUAUCUAAAUAUUUGUUAUGAAACUGGGCAACUUUUUUAAAUUUGUUAUUUCUUUUAUCAUUUAUGAUACUAAAAUAAUGCUAGAAAAAAUAUUUUAUGUAAAAUUUAAAAAUAAAAACAACCUCAUCUAAGUUGUGUGAACUAUUUUUUAAAUUUUAAUACUAGAAAUAAAGAAUGUACUAUUAGAGCAAAUUCAUUUUCGGGUGGCGAGUAAAAAAAGUUGUAGAAAAUGGGAUGACGGUUUUGAACAUUUAUCAUUGCACAGAACUAGGGUUAAUUAAAACUGAGCUAUGAAUUUUAUAAUCUUAGUUUUAAAUUUCCUAAAAAAUAAUGUAAAAAGUUUGUUUUCCUUGAAUGAACAAUGUAAGCUAUUAUUAAAUAUCUAUGAUUUACAUAAAUAUGAAGUCAGAUAAUUUUACAUUUAUUUAAAUUAUGUUAAUACUGCUUUAUUUACCAAUAUUUCUUAUUUUAUAAAAUUUAACUAUUAAUCAACUUAAAACCAAUUAAAAUUUAUCGUUUUGAAAAAGUGUGCUUUCUUGAUACUAUUAAAAACUAAAUAAAUCAUUUAAAAACAAGUUACUACUUUCUUUCAAAUCAGCUAAAGUCAAAUGAAAUCAAAUCUAAAAGUCUUUAUUUAGUAAGUAUCAAUGUACAAUAUAUAGUGUCAAGUACAUUAAAACUAGUACUAUUAUAACUGUUACUACAUACUGUAAAACCUCAUAUCUAAUAGAAAUAACUGUAAAAAAACCUUAAAAUACUAUUGUUGUAUUUUCAUGAGUUAUACUGUCAUAACAAAAAUAUAAUUCUUCUAGUAAAUAAAAAGCAUGCUGCAAAAGAAAAUCUUUUAAUAAUAGUAUGAAUUUUUUUAAAGUCAUUUAUUUCCCUUACUGUUUUGGGAAUAUAGUUUAAAAAUUUUAUUCCAGCAUAGGUGGUGCCUUUCUUACAUUUUUCUAGGUUAAGUCAGAAAGUAAGAAUUAGGAAAACAAAUCUUAAACAAUUGCAAUUCUUGUUUGAAAGUACUAUUUAAUAUAAAAAUAUCUGUAAAUGUUAUUAUGAAAUUGUAAACUAAAUUUAAAUACAAAAAUUUAAAUAAAUACUACAGAGUUCUGUAGAUAUUAUAAAAUUGUUUUUAUCAUAAAGACAAGUUUUUGUUUUCAUUAGGAUUUUUUACCAAAAAUUAUCCUACAAAAUAUAAAUACUAAUUGAAGACCACAUUCUAAAUUCUGUACUUUAAAAUUUUGAAAUUUUCAAUAUUUAAUAAUAAUAUCUUCCUAAGUGAAGAUCGAAGAUGGAUUAACGUGAUACUGAUUUUGUAAACUUUAAAUCUUUGAUAUCCAAGUUUUGAAUGAGCACAAUUUGUGAAGCAUUAGGCAUCUAUCAAAUGUUUCUGUCCUUUUAAAGUUGAUGUAACUGUAACAAGGAUGUGGUCAUCUAUAGAUUUAACUUUAUUACAUUUUUAAUGCACAAGUCCAUAUGUAGAUUGUAUAUCAUUUCUAUUCAUAUUGACCCUAUAUUACUGCAUAGUGUCUAUCGUCCUGGAUUUUCCAGAAAUGUUUGUACCACUUACAUAUCUAAAGAUUAUUUGUUUAAUUGAUAGAUAAAAUGUGUGAAAACUGUGAGAAAAUUAUUUUAAGUGGUUUAUCAUCAUACAAAAUUCAUAAUUUAUCAAGUAGUGUGUAUGUAAUUUAAGUCCAAGUACAAGGGCUGUCCACAAGGCAACAUAAAUUUUAAUAAACAGUAUCAAAAUAAAAGGAAAAUAUUUCAGCGGAACAUUUAAAAGAAACGUUUUGGCAGUUGCUACUAAAUUAUAUUGUUGCACAAACUUAUUAAUUUAAUUUCUGUAGAAAUAUUCCAUCUGAGAUUCUAACAACUCAUACAAAUCCAAUGGAGUGUCUGCUUUAUGUAAAUUAAAGAACCGUGUUCUGAGUCAAUUUUCCAUCAAUGUGACAAAUAAUUAAACAAUAGAACUGUAUCAUAAAGUAUAAAUUAUCAAGAAUCAUUUUAUUGACUUCUGUGUCAGUUUACCACUCAAAAGUUUAAUUUGACUAUUGGGGUGCUUGUCUUAUACAUUGAUUCAAUCAUUUUUUAAAGUAACAAAUCACUGUACCAAAACCAGCCCUACAUAUUUUGUCGCUUUAUGCCUCACAAACUGUCAGUUAUUUUCUAUUGGAUUUUCACCACUAAACCCAUACAGCAUAGCAUAGCAGUGGCCACAAUGGGUAAAGCCAUGCUGAAUGUAGACAUAUUCCAACAAACCUGACGACAGCUCUAGCCUCUUCCUUUCUCUUUUGAACAGCCUUCACAUUUGCACCACAGCUUGUUUCUUUCACAUUGUACCCAUACAGCAUAGCAUAGCAGUGGCCACAAUGGGUAAAGCCAUGCUGAAUGUAGACAUUUUCCAACAAACCUGACUUGACAGCUCUAGCCUCUUCCUUACUCUUUUGAACAGCCUUCACAUUUGCACCACAGCUUGUUUCUUUCACAUUGUACCCAUACAGCAUAGCAUAGCAGUGGCCACAAUGGGUAAAGCCAUGCUGAAUGUAGACAUUUUCCAACAAACCUGACUUGACAGCUCUAGCCUCUUCCUUACUCUUUUGAACAGCCCUCACAUUUGCACCACAGCUUGUUUCUUUCACAUUGUACCCAUACAGCAUAGCAUAGCAGUGGCCACAAUGGGUAAAGUCAUGCUGAAUGUAGACAUAUUCCAACAAACCUGACUUCACAGCUCUAGCCUCUUCCUUACUCUUUCGAACAGCCUUCACAUUUGCACCACAGCUUGUUUCUUUCACAUUGUAUCAAUUGGCAUCUAAAAUUCUACAUUCACAACUAUACAUAUCAUUCAGCUAACACGAGCCCUUCAAUUUUGAAAGUAAUAUCUUGAAUGUUCCAUUUUUGUUCUUAGUUUAUUUAGGACCAAACAAGUUUAUAAUUCAUUCUUUUUAGUUAAAAGAAAAUAUGAAUUAUCAAACAAUAUAGAUAUUAUAUUGAUAACUGACUAAUAACAAAACUAAUCUGGUUGUCAGUAAAUAUGUAGAUCAAGUUUGAAAUUAAACCUGCUUGUUUAGCUCAAAGGUAACAAGGUGUUAAAUUUUCAACUGUAAAAACCCCUUCAAAUAUUACUAGGAACCUAUCAUUUCCGUAUGUGUGGCUCUCUUUACCUAUCAAACAUUGAACUUCGGACCAUCGUUGUUGUAUCUUGACGUAUAGAUUCCACGACCACAAUAUACAUACUAAUUAUAUAAAUAAUAUAUACAUAUAUAUAUAUUGAUAUGUAAUCGCUCGCAUUCUCAUCUGGAAUGAAAAUGUGUAGUGAAAUGUUGUUUGUGCCACAUUGUUAUUAUUUUUAAUUGUGUAGAUUUAUUUUAUGAAUUUUAUAUUGUGCUACGCACAUUAGUUAAGUAAGAUUUCUGCAAGAUAAUUUGUAAAAUCACUCACUAUUAUUUAUUAUACUGUAUGAUUUUCCAUCAGUAAAAUAAAACAGUGACUCAAAUACAGCGUCUGAAUCAUUAUCAGUAUUAGUUCAUCUCAUGCAAUGUAACAUGCGCUCAGAAAUAAUAAUAACUGAAACCUA